UGUUCAAACGUCGGAGAUCAUUUUAACUAGAGCCGUUUUCAACCUUUCUUUAACCGAUUCAAAUGGUUUCGGAGUGAUGUCUGUGUUUUAUCACCUGUAAGGGACAUUCGGUAAUUGUGGAUAAUAGUUUUUUCCUGCUAAUUUUCCAGGGGGGCAGUUCGAACAGAACAAUGAAAUGGCAAGCGCUGUUGUUUUCCUUGGUCUUUUAUCUCGGUCCAGUCAUCGGCCAAAUCAGCUACUCUAUUCCCGAGGAGAUGCCGAGUGGCUCUUUAGUCGGUAAUAUUGCCCAGGAUUUGGGUUUGGAUACAAAACGACUGAAAUCUGGAAGAGCUCGCGUUUAUACGGGAGACGGUGUGGAAUAUAUUGAGCUAAACGGGGAACGCGGACUUCUUCUAAUCAAAGAGAGGAUCGACAGAGAAGCGCUUUGCAGGCAGACAACACCUUGUGCUUUACAUUUUCAGAUCAUUUUAGAAAACCCUAUGGAGUUUUACAGUGUCACAGUCGAGAUUAUAGACAUAAAUGACAACCCCCCCACCUUUGAGAAAAGCGAGGUAACCUUUAAAAUCAGUGAAUCUGCUGUAAUCGGAGGAAAAUUUGUUCUGGACAGAGCAAUUGAUCUUGAUGUCGGCAAAAAUGGUCUUCAGAAAUAUGAGCUUAAACCUACCGAUAAUUUUGUACUGAAAGGGGACAGUCAAGGUAGUGGAACGGAAAAGGCUGAAAUGAUUUUACAGAAGCCUCUUGACAGAGAAAAGGAAGAGUCGAUAUCACUAGUUCUAACAGCCUUUGAUGGCGGAGAUCCGCAAAUGUCAGGUACAAUUCGAAUUUUCAUC